CAUUUUCAUCCUAUCAGUGAACUACUGGACGUGCCACUCAAUGGACGAAGAUAUUAGCUAGCUAAUGGCUGCUUCUUGAAAUUUCACUAAAAUAAUUUAAAUUGAGAAUUUUAUAUAUUUGGUUAAUUAUUGGAUGUUCCGUAGCCGUCAUAACUCAAGCACAAACCGUGUCAGCGCCUGCCCGCCGUUGUCAAAAGCUUACUUUAUUUCUGAAUGGACAUUCUGAAGCUGUAGCUGCAAUAGCAGGAUCCAUGUCGUUUUUGCGUUGGGUGUCCGAGAAGCUAAGUGUGGAGAGCUUAAGGGAUCUGGAGUUGUUUGGAGAGCAAGCUCAGGGGAGCGUUCACAGGAAACCUUCCACUCAGAUCCAUGAGGACAGCUGCGAGUCUCUGACCUCCAUCCCUCGCCAGGACACUAUGGGGAGCUUCCUGCCCGAUAGCGCCUCCUAUGAGCUCCUCACCGUCAUAGGCAGAGGACUGGAGGGCCUGAUGACGGUGAACCUUGCGAGAUACCGUCCCACAGGGGAACACGCGGCCGUCCGCCGUAUUGACCUUGAGUCCUGCACCAACGAUAUGGUCAACUACCUGCAGGGUGAGCUCCAUGUCUCCAAGCUGUUCCACCACCCCAGCAUCCUGCCCUAUAAGACCAUAUUCAUUGCGGAGAACGAGCUUUGGGUCAUCACCCCCUUCAUGGCCUAUGGCUCUGCGAGAGACCUGAUCAUCACGCACUUCACAGAUGGCAUGAGUGAACUGGCGAUUGCGUACAUCCUGCUUGGCGUAUUAAAGGCCCUGGAAUACAUCCACCACAUGGGCUACGUACACAGGAGUGUGAAGGCCAGCCACGUGCUGGUCUCUGCAGACGGCCAGGUGUUCCUGUCAGGACUGCGCAGCAUCUUCAGCCUGAUCCGGCAUGGCCAGCGCACACGUGUGCUCCACAACUUUCCCCCCUACAGCGUUAAAGUGCUGCCCUGGCUCAGCCCUGAGGUCCUGCAGCAGAACCUACAGGGCUAUGACUUUCAUUCUGACAUCUACAGCCUGGGGAUCACAGCCUGUGAGCUGGCCAAUGGCCACGUCCCUUUCAAGGACAUGCAUGCCACGCAGAUGCUGCUAGAGAAGCUGAACGGCACAGUGCCCUGCCUGCUGGACACCAGCACCAUCCCCCCGGAGGAGCUGACCAUGAAGCCCUCCUGCUCCGGAGCCGACUCCGGCAUCUGCGAGGGCCCGGGGGCCAGCGGGUCCCGCCACACCAACGGGGAGCCGCCCGCCACGGGCCCCCACCCAUACAGCCGCACCUUCAGCCCCCACUUCCACGCCUUCGUGGAGCUCUGCUUGCAGAGGGACCCCGAGAAGAGGCCGUCUGCCAAUGCGCUCCUUGGACACCCUUUCUUCAAACAGAUUAAACGGCGGCCCUCUGAAGCUCUGCCUGAACUGCUUCAGCCUGUGACCGCCAUCGCCAGCUUUGACUGCGUUCCGCCGCCCGACUCUCCCACUGGCUUGGCCAGCCUGGAGUCCGGUCUAAGUCUCCUCGAGAUGGACGACUGGGACUUCUGACGGCGCUUAGGUUCAAAGGAUUGGUCAGUUCCAGGUGCCGUCAGACAACUUUUAGACCGGAAGGACCAAUUUACGGACUUGAAUGACCUGACUGUGAAAUAGAUUAGCCUACUGUGGUCUGAGCUGACUGUGGAUUGGACACAUUGAUUUUUAAACUAAGUAUUUUAUUGCUAACUGAGGAUCCUUUGAGGGUUGAUUAAAACUAGAGGAGGCCUCCUGUCCUUUCCUUCCCUGUCCUCUCCCAUAGCUUCAGGAUGCAUGUGCUGCGAAGAGCUCAAAUUCUCAUAGAUUCUAAAGUCAUGUCGUUGGACAUAAAAGACCACGAAGUAGCAGCAUGUGCAUUCUUGCCUUUACAGCAGUGUUAACACUCGGAAGUGGUGCUGGGAGAGAUUACCCAUUGGUUCAGAAAGACUCCUUCUCCAUGCUUCACAGCUAAAUGACAACACACACAUCUCUUUGCUUGCCCUGUGCCAUUGGGCGGUUGUACUGCAGUUUUUAGUUUAUGUUUUAAGUAAGGGUCUGGCCUUUUUCAAAAUUAUGUUCUGUGGAACUGUUGAAAACUUCUUCAGUUAGAGCGUAAAGUUCAGAUCACAGGGGAACAGAAAGUCCUCUUUGCAAAAUACAGCCUUGUUAUUUUUAAGGUGUUGGUCACAGUGAUCUUUUUUGUCUGGUCACAAGGUGAAUAAAGGGCAAAUGCUAGUCUAAAGCUACCAGUGAUUUCUACUGGACUGAACGUGUUCCUCUGCUAGUUUUAUUCUUCACAUUAAUUCCCCCUUUACCACACAAACUACAAAAACUGAAAUGAGUCUAUUAAUGAGGCUGAUAAAUAAAGUAGCUUGCCAGAACAAGAUUACUUGCAGCAAAAACAACAUGUCAGAAGAGGCAGCUAGUUUAGCUUAAAUUGAACCACCUUACAGACUAGUAACAAUGUAUUGUGUGUUAUCGGCAUCUGUGAAUCAACCUUUUUAUGAUGGGGGUACAUCAAGUAUAUGUGAAGGGACAAAAUGGUGGAAUAUACUGGGCUGUGAUUUUGUGUUUUAUUCUAAAGCUUACAGAUGGCAACAGACGGCAUAACAAAUAGAGCUAAUGUAGAACAUUUCCCCACAUCCUUUCUGUAACAUUAUAGACAGUACAUUUGACUAUAGGUAGCUCAUUUCUGGAUACAUGCAACAUUUAGGCAGACGGUUCAAUAAGUUAAACUGGUCAAUAAUAUAGGCAGCUGUAUUUUCAUAAUGAAAAUGUAUAAAUAGUCACUAUUGCCUAUUUCUGUCACCUUAAAUCUGAUCCCCACUCACUUUUUGAGGACAGUAUUGGAAAUGUUGAUCUUCACACUGCACAUUGCUGCUCAGCUCGUCAUUGUUGGGGUGGAGGUUUGGAAGAACCGACAAUGUGUUAAGUGUGCCCAUCUUUCAAAUAAAAAAAAAAUAAAAACCA